UGGUGGCCACUUUCCUUUUCGUUUCUAGGCCUUCCUUACGGAAGAGGGAAUAUAGACCCUCCCUGUACUCCCUUGAGGUUCUGUUAGUUACCAGAGAUCCCAGAGCCUGGAAACUAUUGUGUUCCUGUUAAUUUGUUCCUAGGAAGCCUGGGAUGCACCAGCUUGGAGGUCUUGAAUCCACAGAGCUUUCACUGACUGUGUUCCAAUGGCCUGUGUCUGGGCAAAAGCUGAUGUUAUUCAUCUUUUAAAUGACAGACCGGGCAAGAGACAGAGUCCAAACCAAUUUGCUUCUUAAUCAUAACUUCUGUCUCCAAGUAGAGGCAAUAUGUCUGAUUAGGUUCUAUAUCCUUUCUCACAGGGCUCUGAGCCUGGGGAUUGGGGCUACUUCCUGAAGAGGUCUGGGCCCACCCUGGACGUACCCUGCCAAAGCAAGUUCUAAGACAGGUUCCAUAGGAGGGACCUGGUCGAGGAGGUGACUCUACUGAGGUGCUGCCAUGUUGUGCUCCCUGUUCCUGCUGCUCCUGGCCACGGGAAGAGCGCAGACAACUCGGCCAUGCUUCCCUGGAUGCCACUGUGAAGAAGAGACUUUCGGCCUCUUUGACAGUUUCAGUCUGACUCGAGUGGACUGCAGCGGCCUGGGCCCCCACAUUGUGCCUGUGCCCAUCCCCCUGGACACAGCCCACCUGGACCUGUCAUCCAACCGGCUCGAAACUGUCAACGAGUCAGUGCUGGCAGGGCCAGGCUAUACCACACUGGCUGGCUUGGAUCUCAGUCACAACCUCCUCACCAGCAUCACACCCUCGGCCUUCUCCCGCCUGCGCUAUCUGGAGUCACUUGACCUCAGCCACAACGGCCUGGCAGCCCUGCCGGCAGAGAUUUUCACCAGCUCCCCCUUGAGUGACAUCAACCUGAGCCAUAACCGACUACGAGAAGUCGCCAUAUCUGCCUUCGCCACCCACAGCCAGGCCCGGGCACUGCACGUGGACCUAUCCCACAACCUUAUCCACCGCCUGCUCCUCCAUCCAGCCCGGGCCAGCCUGCCAGCGCCUACCAUUCAGAGCCUGAACCUGUCCUGGAACCGGCUUCGUGCUGUGCCCGAUCUCCGAGACUUACCCCUGCGUUACCUGAGUUUGGACGGGAACCCUCUGGCUACCAUCAACCCAGGUGCCUUCGUGGGGCUGGCAGGCCUCACCCACCUGUCACUGGCCAGCCUCCAGGGUAUCCUCCAGCUAGCACCCCAUGGCUUCCGUGAGCUUCCAGGCCUGCAGGUCCUGGACUUGUCAGGCAACCCCAAGCUCAAGUGGGCAGGAGCCGAGGUGUUUUCAGGCCUGGGCUUGCUGCAGGAGUUAGAUCUGUCGGGCACUAGCCUGGUGCCCCUACCUGAGAUGCUGAUCCAUCACCUCCCAGCUUUACAGAGUGUCAGUGUAGGCCAAGAUGUGCAGUGCCGACGCCUGGUGCGGGAGGGUGCCUAUCACCGGCAGCCUGGCUCCAGCCCUAAGGUGGUCCUACACUGUGGAGACACCCAGGAAUUGGCUGCCAGGCGCCCAGACAUCUUGUGACGAAUGGUGUGGCCUGGGGCCACUUGACAGACUGCUGUCCUGGGGCUUGCUCAGGUCCCACUAAUUUAUAUUUUAAUGUGCCAACACCCAUGGAGAGUCUACAGGCCUAAGUGGCAGCACCUCAGUAAAGUCGUGAGCCAGGGAUGGUUUUUGUACCUAGGGCCUAUAGUCAGAACAAAAGCUGCUCAUUGGUCUCGGUGGCUCACCUCCCAGAACUCGGAGCAAAGGGACUUCGAUGCCAAACUAAACUUUGGUCCCUUCCUGAGUCCUGCCUCAGUUGUCCCUAAGUGCCUUCCCUUUUUGCCCGGGCUGACCUGAGUCAUGAUGGAAGGAUUGUGGGUGGGCACCACCACUGCAAAUGCUGACUCAGGUCUCCUGGGCUGAAGGUCCCUCUGAGCCCAGUGUCUAGUCACAUUUUUGCUUUGGGCCCACAAGGCCUACUUCUUCUUUUUUCUCAUGGGAUCCUGGGUAGAAUAUUCAUUCUAGAAGGACCUGGAGAGAAAACCAAAUCUACCCUUCUUGUGGGGCAG